UCGGGUGUGCGUUGUUGGCUGACCCUGUGCUAUCGUAUUAUGUUACACUCCCUUUGUCCCUUCAGCUGUGCGUAGCUGUAAUUUAUAAAGAGGAAACCCAGCAAAGUGAAGUUACUGCGUCAGAGGACAACACAGCUUCCAUUUCUUUAGGAAUUGUGCUUUUCUGUUGACACAAUUACCGUAUCGAACUGAAAGAUAAAAACAAAAACCAUGCAGCGUCGACAACAACUUGGACGUGAAGAAGUAACACUGAAAGAAAAACUAGCUGAGCAUUAUGCCAAGCGUGAUUUUCAAGCUAAAAAGCAAUCAGCUUCUACUGUUGGAGUUUCAUUUUCUGUUGGGAUGAUGGUGACCCUUGCUAUUGAAGGGCUCACAGUUUUAAUACCUUCGUAUUAUGUGGAUCGUAGCACAGGUCAAUACACAAGCUUCUUCUACAUUGCGGAAUGCAUUGUGAUCUGGCUCUUCCUAGAGGCAGUUGGAAAUUGGUGGUUGACGUACUAUGAUGUCUUGAACAGAGUCACCAAAGAGACGAAGGACUUGCAUUUUCCUGGGCAUGCAAAUACCCCACCAGGAUGGAAGAACUGUGUCACCUGCAUGUUGGACGCGCCUCCAAGAUCUCAUCACUGCACCUUGUGCAAUCACUGCAUUCUGAAAAGAGAUCACCACUGCUUCUUCACUGGCUCUUGUGUUGGCUACCAUAAUCAGCGACAUUUUUUCAUUUUCUGCAUCUACAUCGUCCUUGCCAGUGGAUCGGCAGCUUUCAUGCAGAUAUCUUAUCUGACUGCACAAUUUCCCCUGUUCACGAAAGAAGCAGUGUUCUACAUUCCCGUGGUUGCCAUCUGGCAGAUGAUCACCGGAGCAACAUCAUUUGCCAAUGUGUUCAUCCUCAUACACUUGUACCUGACCAUCUUCUGUUUUGGAGCUGGAUUGUUCUUCCUCGGUUGGGAGACACUGGUGAUUUGGAGAGGUCAGACAUCAUAUGAAGCUUGGAAGCAAAUAAUGGUUUAUCGUCAAAGUUCAGUAUUUAGCAACUUUUACAGUGUAUUUGGAAAUCCUUUGAAUAUUAUGUUGUGUAUUCUUGUACCUGUGCGUAUUACCUCUCCUGGUGAUGGUGUGAAGUGGGCAAUACAGCCUAAAUCUGAGAAAGGGCACUAGAACAAAAUUUAGAGAUUAUUCAGAUAAUUGAAUUACCAGGCUGAUUUCAACAUUACAGAAGAUAAUAUUUUUGAAGAAUGAUAGAAAUGCAUGUAUUUCAAGAAUAAUGUUAUGUUCAUUUCUCAGCUGUUUUGAUUUCUCUGGUUUUAGCUGUUUUAGCUCCAAACAGAAAGAUAUGCUACAUUGUGAUAAUUUAUCAUUUUUUACCUAAAGUACAUUCCAUCUAUUUUGAACAUUAUCAUUAAUUCAUUCCCUAUGGUUCAACACAUGGUACAUUGCAAAACUUAACGCCCAGCAAAAAUUUAAUACAUUACACUGUGCGUUGAAAAGUGUUUUGCUAUGGUUUGAAGGGAAUAGACCCUACACAAUAUCACACUUCUAUCCAAUCAAAACUUGUGAUGAAAAAACUGAGGGUAAGAAUGAUAUCUUGGUCUUCAUAAGCUAAAACAUUUUCAUUUUGCUGUGAGUACGAGUCUUUUGAAAUUGAGAGAAAAGUUUAAAAAGGGAAAAUAAGUCUCAAGUUUUUGUUUACUCAACACUGCCACUAGAUCUAUCAUUUACUUAUGAACUGCAUUCUUUUUUUAUCACUAGUUUUUAUCUGAUUUGAAUAUCAAGGCUCACUUAAACUUAAAAGCAAGUCUUUGAUAUGAAAGGGAAUGAUCUUCCUACAGUUCUACAAGAGUUGAGAAUAAUAGAUUUCCAAAUGAAUCUAAAACUAAAACAUAAACAAUAAACUAAACUGUCAAACACUGGACCUCUGGAUUGGAUGGGUUUUUUAAAAAACGUGAAGUACCAUUUGCCUUCCAGUUUCCAACAUUAUGAUACACUAUGGCACAUUUUGUUUUCUCUGCUGGUUACAGCUUACUUAUAUUAUUUAUAUUGAAUGUUAUGUAAUGUGUUUCCCAUGACCUGCUCCUCAAAAUAUCUUCAUCUAAAACUAAAAGUACAUUCCAAUAUGAUUAUUUCUCAUUUUCAAAGAUCAAAGUAUCUUACCUAUGUGGUCAUUUAUCAUCAUUUUCAAACAUAAGACUGUCCGUACACAUGUGAUAAUUCUCAUAAAACUAUUUCUUCAUUCAAUAAUAAAGGUGUGUGCACAUAGGAUCAUAUAUAAUGCACCCUGAUCGUAAAAGUUGAUUUCAUUUUGCUCUUUUGCCAUUCCCAUCUCAAACAUUUGUUCUCACUCUUACUCAAGCAGUCUUUUUAAAAAAUCCAUUCAGAGUGCCUUGAUGUCUUCAUGUACUUCAGCCAUAAAAUUGUUUUCUAACAUCUUCUUCAUUCAGCCAUAAAGAUGUACUCCAGUAAAUGUGUAUACCGGUACAUGAAGAUAUAAAGACUUAGAUAGGUGUUUACUGUUUAAUAUUUUUUUAAUGUUACCGUACAUGGAGUGUGCAGAGCAGAUAUUACCAACAGGUAGAAAUUUUACAUCAGUGUAUCAUAGUUUUUCUAUUUAAAAAAAAAGACCCUCAAAAUUCUGUUUCUAGAGUUCUAUGUACCCUAUAAUCAUAAUGUUUCUAGGUGUGACAUAACCAUCUGUCAGCAAUGCUAGGUUAUAUGGAGAAUAAUUUGAUACAAACAGACACAGUGCUGUAAGUUAGUGUAAGACCUUUCAGUUUCUCUGUGCCAGCAGGUCUGUAUCGCAUUACUUCAUAUAUUUAUAAUACAGAUUUGAGGUCAAAUUACAUUCACCAAGAAUACCCAAAAGCUUGUUGUAGACAUUGUGUUUUGUGUGCAAUUCAUUCAGGAAAGUAAAUUCUGUAAAACCCUUUAAGCUCUGGCCACCCUCAAUCAACAAACAAGACUCCUGCAACAAGCCUCCAUAGAGAAAAACUCAAGUUUGCACGACCUCACUCUGGGGCUAAUGUUCACUUCGCAGUGCAGAUGAGGAUAACACCAGUUUCAAUACACAUACAUGUACUUCAUGUCAGCCAUCUAGCCACAUAGCAUUACCUUUGAACAAGCUGAAAAAUACUUUGUGAUAUUACAGUGUAUAUUAUUAUUACUUUUCAUACGGUAUAUGUUUUUCUUCAUGCUAUUUAAAACUUCACUGUGGAACAAAAAAGAUCAGAUUUAUUUUUGCAUGGGUAUACAUCUUCAACAUAAACUUACUGUGUUACUUUUGCUGGAUUUUAUAUUAUACACUGAUUAGACAUAUAUACAUUUACAACCAUUUGUUUGAAAUUCAUUGUUUUGCCCGUUACAUUUUUCUUAUGAAGAAUACUGAAUGUUUGAUUCUGAAACCAUAUAUUUACCUGUAGAUCUCAACUUAUGAUUUUCAAGAAAUAAAGUUUUGUUUUUCACCAAUAUGAAC